AUGAAAGUAAAUACCCGUUCGCCCUCUGCCCCUCCUGCCGCCUCUCUUCCCUCCGUACCCACGCCUGGCGCAGCUGUGGCAAGCGGGAAGGCGGAGGCGGAGGCAGCGGCGGAAGCGGAAGCGGGAGCGGGAGCGGGAGCAGAAACGGGAGCGGGAGCGGGAGCGGGAGCGGGAGCGGGAGCGGGAGCGGGAGCGGGAGCGGGAGCAGAAGCGGGAGCGGAAGCCGUAGCAGCGGCGGCGGCGGCGGCAGCGAGAUCAGGGCAGUUGCGCGGCGUGGGAGGGGGGAGCCAGAAGAGUGACCGGGCGGAGGGAGGAGGAGGGGGGGGCGGGGACAGCGGGGGAGGCAGGUCGAGUGGGGGAAUUGGCGGAUGGCGGGGUAGGCGAGCGGGACGAAGGCAUGUGCUCGACACGCGCGAGAAGACCGGUCAGAAGAAGGCCCACUGCUGGGCCCUCGAUCAACUGUGA